GCGGAAAUGCACACCCACCAGCUUUUUAACUAAUUCUCAAAAAAGUUAAGAUUUUGUCUUUCCCGCAGUGAAGAGCAUACGUUGCCUGUUGCCAAAGAUGUCGUGGUUAGCCACUCAGGAACCUUUCUACAAUCCGCCAGUACCAUUUACUGGUGCUAUUCAUGGUGGUCUUUUUGAUGGGAAAAUGGUGGCAGUUCAAGGCCAAGUCCACAGCUACUGUGACAGGUUUGUUGUGAAUUUCCAGUGUGGAACCAGUGUGAAUCCUCGUUCUGAUAUUGCAUUCCACUUCAAUCCACGCUUUGACGAAAAUUGUGUUGUGUGUAAUACUUUACAGCAUCAGAACUGGGGCUCAGAAGAGAGAAAAUAUGAAGUGCCCUUUAUAUUGGGGCAGCGCUUUGAAAUUCUCUUUCUUACACGAGCCAGUUCCUUCAUGGUGGCAGUGAAUGGGUCUCAUUUCCUAGAAUAUAAACACAGGAUCCCUCUGUCCAGAGUGGAUACAAUCCAUGUAUCGGGACAGAUUCAAUUGAGUUUAAUUAGUUUUCAGGAUACACGGGUUUCACCAGCGUUUCCAUCUUCAGGUGCUGCCAUUUCGGCUUCUUUUGCUUUACCUUCUUGCUAUGCAGCACCAACUACAUGUGCUGUUUUUCCACCUUCUUAUGGAAUUUCCAGUUACCCUUCUGCUCCAACUAAUUUUAAAGUUCCAUACGAAGCUCACAUCCCAAAUGGAAUGUAUCCACCAAGAGCCAUUACCGUUUCUGGAUCUGUACCUAAUCAUGCUGACAGUUUCCGUAUUGACCUGAAGAAGAACUCUAACAUUGCAUUUCAUCUGGCUGUAAGAUUUGGAGAGAAUGCUUUAGUUCGAAAUAGUUUUCUGAAUAAUGUUUGGGGAUCAGAGGAACGGAGUCUACCUAAUGGCAGAAUGCCCAUAUCCCGAGGGCAGAGUUUUACGAUCUCAAUUGUCUGUGAGCAUCAUGGUUUCAAAGUCAGUGUAAAUGGACAAAUGUUUGACUUCAGACAUCGAGAGUCCAACCUUCACUUGAUAAAUAAGAUUGAAAUAGGUGGCGACGUCCAGCUUACAAGUGUAUAUUUCUGAAAGGAAAAAUCUAUAUUCAGAAUCUUUUUGAAAAUUUUAUAAACUAUGUACAUGAUCUUUGGCUCCUUUAGUUCUGUCUUAUUAUAAUUUCUACUGUUAUGGAAUAACCACUAAACAUUUUAUCAUAUGUUACAGUGUGAAAGAUUGAAAAUUUAAGCUUGUUGCUAUUUGUAUACAUUGCUUGAAUACCUCUAGAAAUUGUAGCCUUAAAAUGUGAAAACUAUGGAUGUGUUAACAGUUAUUGAAGCUUACAAUUAUGUUGACAGUAGUAAUCUGGAAGUUCAAAUUAGUUGUCUAGAAAGAGUCACUAAAAUCUAAAACUGUCCAGAAUAUUUUAACUUUUUUACCUAAUCACAAUGUUUCAGUGUUUUAGUCUGUCUUUUAGCACUUAUAUAAUGAAAGGAUUAUUUUAUCUACUUGAAGUUAUUGUUGAAAAAGACUCGACAUGCCCUUCCAGUUUCAUCUUUUUAAAUAUAUAUCUUUUGGACCAAUAAUCAUCAUUUGUGCAAUUACUUUCUAAAAAUUCAUGUCACCAGUAAAAUAUCCAUGCACCAAGUGAAAUAAAAAAGCAUGUACCUUU